AUGUUUGGAAAGCACAUUGCUCGCCUUAUUGAAGGAGUACUCGACUUCUCCACGGUUGAGGAGUGUUCUGUCUCGAUUUUCCUAAAUAUGAAUUUCACGAAAGAUUACAGAUUUCUUACACAGAUACACCUUUUAGGUAAUUUGUUGGCAAUACAAGAUGAAAACGCUCGGCGCCGGCUACGCCGCCCGACCACCUCCACCUCAGUGUCCUCUAGCAGCAGCACCGGCAGCGGGGCCUCUUCGAAGCGCAGCCGCGGAGACCAGGAGACGUCGGCCAGCGUGAACCGGUUCCGCGUGAGGAACCGACUCACCCCCGCCGCCAGCCGCAAGGGAGGCGGCUCCAGCUCCACCGCCGUUGCCUCUACCGGGGAUAAGGACGGUGGCUACAAGAUUGUGUGCUACUACACCAAUUGGUCGCAAUACCGCACGAAGCAUGGCAAGUUCCUGCCCGAGGAUAUCCAACCCGAUCUGUGCACGCACAUCAUCUACGCCUUCGGCUGGCUCAAAAAGGGCAAGCUCUCCUCCUUCGAGAGCAAUGACGAGACCAAGGAUGGCAAGACUGGACUGUACGAUCGCAUCAUGGCGCUCAAAAAGGCCAACCCACGUCUGCAAGUGCUGCUCGCUAUCGGUGGCUGGUCCUUCGGCACCCAGAAGUUCAAGACGAUGUCUGCUACCCGCUACUCCCGCCAGACGUUCAUCUACAGCGCCAUACCCUUCCUGCGCCAGCGCGGCUUCGACGGCCUCGACAUGGAUUGGGAGUACCCCAAGGGCUCAGACGACAAGAAGAACUUCGUGCUCCUGCUCAAAGAGCUGCGCGAGGCGUUCGAGGCCGAGGCGCAGGAGGUGAAGAAGCCGCGCCUGCUGCUGACGGCGGCGGUGCCCGUGGGGCCGGACAACGUGCGCGGCGGCUACGACGUGCCGGCCGUCGCCUCCUACCUGGACUUCAUCAACCUGAUGGCGUACGACUUCCACGGCAAGUGGGAGCGCGAGACGGGCCACAACGCGCCGCUCUACGCGCCCUCCUCCGACUCGGAGUGGCGCAAGCAGCUCAGCGUCGACCACGCCGCCGGCAUGUGGGUGAAGCUGGGGGCGCCCAAGGAGAAACUCGUGAUCGGCAUGCCCACCUACGGCCGCACCUUCACCCUGAGCAACCCCGCCAACUUUAAGGUCAACGCCCCCGCCAGCGGCGGCGGAAAGGCCGGCGAGUACACCAAGGAGGGCGGCUUCCUGGCUUACUACGAGGUGCCGUAUGUGGUGCACGGCGACCAGUGGAUAGGCUUCGACGACGAGCGCUCCAUCCGCAACAAGAUGAAGUGGCUGAAGGCGCAGGGCUUCGGCGGCGCCAUGGUGUGGACCGUCGACAUGGACGACUUUACCGGCAGCGUGUGCGGCUCGGGCGUCAAGUACCCGCUCAUCGGCGCCAUGAGGGAGGAGCUGCUGGGCGUGUCGCGCGGCAAGGACGCGCAGGACAUCGACUGGUCCAAGGUGGCCAACACCAUCCGCCUGGACACCGUCACCAAGCCCUCGCCCAUCAAGAUCUCCGUGAGCGAGGUGCUGGCGACGGCCAAGCGCGCCAAGCAGCCCACCUCCGCCGCCACCGCUCUGCAGACGCUCGCCGACCUCAACUCGCGCCCCGCGCAGGUGUUCUGCUACAUAACCAGCUGGUCGCAGAAGAGGCCUGGCGCCGGCCGCUUCACCCCCGACAACGUGGACCCCACGCUGUGCACGCACGUCAUCUACGCCUUCGCCACGCUCAAGGACCACAAGCUGGCACCGGCCGACGACAAGGACGAGGACGCCUACGAGCGCGUGGUGGCGCUGCGCGAGAAGAACCCUAACCUCAAGGUACUGCUGGCUAUCGGCGGAUGGGCCUUUGGGUCCACUCCCUUCAAGGAACUGACGCAGAACGUGUUCCGCAUGAAUCAGUUUGUGUACGAGGCCAUUGAUCUGCUCCGUGAUUUUAAGUUUGAUGGUCUCGAUGUGGACUGGGAAUAUCCAAGGGGCGCGGACGACCGCGUGUCCUACGUGAGCCUGCUGCGCGAGCUGCGCCUGGCGUUCGAGGGCGAGGCCAAGACGUCCGGGGAGCCACGCCUGCUGCUCUCCGCCGCCGUGCCCGCCUCCUUCGAGGCCAUCGCCGCAGGAUACGACGUUCCCGAGGUCUCCAAGUACCUGGACUUCAUCAACGUGAUGACGUACGACUUCCACGGUCAAUGGGAGCGACAAGUUGGCCACAACAGCCCUCUGUACCCUCUAGAGAGCGCCACCAGCUACCAGAAGAAACUCACAGUCGACUACAGCGCGCGCGAGUGGGUGAAGCAGGGCGCGCCCAAGGAGAAGCUGAUGAUCGGCAUGCCCACGUACGGCCGCUCCUUCACGCUGGUGUGCGAUUUCCUUCACCAAGAGAACACGACGCUUGUUUGGGACAACGAGCAGCAGGUGCCGUUCGCCUACCGCGACGACCAGUGGGUCGGCUUCGACGACGAGCGCUCGCUCAAGAUGAAGAUGGAGUGGCUGCGCGAGGCGGGCUACGGCGGCGUGAUGAUCUGGUCCGUGGACAUGGACGACUUCACCGGGUCGUGCGGCGCGGGGCGUUUCCCCCUGCUGCGCGCGCUGCGCCAGGAGCUCAAGGACUACGCGGUGAAGCUGGAGUACGCCGGCCCCUACGAGAGCACGGGCCCCCGCGGCGCCUACACCACCAAGGACCCGAACGAGGUGUCGUGCGAGGAAGAGGAUGGCCACAUCUCCUACCACCCGGACAAGGCCGACUGCACCAUGUACUACAUGUGCGAAGGCGAGCGCAAGCACCACAUGCCCUGCCCGUCCAACCUGGUGUUCAACCCCAACGAGAACGUGUGCGACUGGCCCGAGAACGUGGAGGGAUGCCAGCAGCACACACCAGCACCCCCCGCGGCGUAG